AUGAAAUUUUCGAGUAGGCUUUUGUCAAAAAAAAGAAAAAAUCGAAAAAAAGAUAUAGGGCAGUUUAAAUUAAUAUCGGAAAUUUUGAUUAUGAUAAUAAUUUUUUUAUUAAAAUUUCACAAAAAAUCACUUGGUUUAAAAAAAUUGAAACUUCAGUAGGAUAUUUAAAUAGUUGCAUCUUUUCACUAAAUCUUUAUUAUGAUAAAGAAAAAGAAAAAGAAAAAUAAAUUAAACCUUUUUAUUUAAGAAAAGCACUUAUUAUUUUACUAAGUGAAGAAAUCGAUAGAUUAAGAGCAAAUUCAUAUUCAGAAUUUAUAGAUAAAUAUAAUGUGA